AUGCCCAACAAUGGCCUUAUGAUUGUCUCGUCAGAGGCUGAGCUCAAAGACGUGUUGGACCAACUCCGUGAGCGGGAGGAUGCUCUAAUCCACAAGCUUGAUGCCCCAAUGAAGGGCAAUAGAGAAUUUGAUCGGCAUCUUGGCCGACUGGAUAGUCUCCAUGGAGACUUGGAUAUGCAGCUCAUCGCAACUCAAUACAUCCAUAGCGCAAUGCUAUCUACCGCUGGCGAUACUGCUGAGCGGCUAUCUACCAUGAUACGCGCGCUAGGUACGGAGAAGAGAAGGGUCGAGGCUACACUCAUUGUCAUAGAGCAAGUCAUGGAGCUUAAGGCGUCUAUAGCUGGCCUUAUAGGCAGCAUGGGUGCUCCUCAGGACUGGGAGGCUGCCUCUAACUACCUCUCCCGCGCAUCUAAUAUACCUGAGGAUAUUGUUCGCGGGGAAUUCGCUCUAGCCGUUGUCUCGAGCAUUGAGGCCCCAGAUCCCCCAUGGACUACAAUCCAGAAUGCUCGCAAGAGCCUCUGUGCUCUAUUCUUGAGGGAAUUCAACGCCGCUAGCGAGCAAGGGGACGGUGCAAAGGUUGCACGAUUCUUCAAACUAUUUCCAGUUAUCGGAGGUGGUGCGGAGGAAACGGGGCUGGAAGCCUAUGGACGAUAUAUCUGCCAAGGUAUGGCGGAGGUUACCCGAUCAGCUCUCGAUGGGCCGUGCAAGGAACGUGACAGACAGAACGAUUUGUUCUACGCAAAUAAACUAACACAGAUAUUUGAGCACAUUGCGCAAAUCGCCGACAGCCACAGUGAUCUGAUAGAGAGGCACUACGGCGCUGAUAAGGUCGUGAGGGUCAUUGGAAGACUUCAGAAAGAGGUUGACGUGCAGGGCGGAAUUAUCUUGGAUUUGUGGGACGAUGAGCGGGCGGUCAACAGGACGAUGGCUGACAUUAAGAGUUAUCCUUUCUUCUUUCUCUCGAAAAGCAUGAUGCCAGUUCAGAGAGGCCUCAACUUUGCACUGCGAGGCAACGAGCUGAAGAAAGAUGACUUUGACUUGGAUGUGAAGAAAGUCGAGGGGCUCUUUGGACAAAUGACAACAAUGCUAAGGAACUGGUCGCUUUACAAACGAUUUAUUGCAAAUAAAUGCAAGGGUGUUCUCGACCAAGAAGAAACACUACCGCUUCCGGAAUUUCUCGAACAGUGUAAUCUCAAUAAGAAGAUAUCAGAGAAGCUCAUCGAGCCAUAUAAACUUACGGCAACAUUUCUCUUCCGGAAGUCAGUGGAAAAAGCUUUUGAGAUGGAUACUGCACCAAGUGGUCUCUCACUAUCGAAGUCACACGAUGGCAGUCCACCUUUCAUUCUGCAAGCCGUAGACGACAUAAUGUACGUAGUGGACAAUUUACUACAGCAUGUAUUGUCUACGGGAGAUAUAGAGGCGGCAGUCUCUGUCACUUUGGCUAUCAGCAGAGUCCUCGAAUCGGAUUUCAUCGCGAUCAUCCAUAGGCGCAUGAAAGAUGAGUGCUAUCCCAAAGCACCGGCUCAGGGCAGGUUUCCACAGGAAGAAAAGAUCAUCAGUUUCAUGAUUUUGAUGAACACUCUCGACAUGGCAAAAGAGUAUUUGAGCCGUGUUUUAAGCUCUAGAGGGGGCAUAUCAGAAACUCGACCUGUCGAUAUGGCCCCAUUUACACAAACACUCAAAGACUCCUUCCCAUUUGGCAGAGAUGCCGAGCUGGUUGCGAAUGGACUUCAGAGGCUGAAAAACGCGCUAUGUACUAAAGCUACAGAGCUUUUGAACGACGGCACCCGUGUACUGUUUGAUGAUAUUUUGUGGCCCCGGAUCAGCCUGAUCCUCACAACCUCUUUCCAAGACGCGGUUUACGAUGUGUUGGAAGGAGAGUCCCUGGAUGAAGAGGAUGCCGAUGGAGAGACAAUGCGGCAAGUGCCGUUGCGCUUCGAGAGCGGGUGGUUAGCCUUGACACAGCCACUGAAGCAUGUCAUGACGCCAAGGACAUACACAGCGUUGGCCAGGUUAGCAGCUAACAAACUGGCAAGGGUGUUAGAGAAGCGUGCUUGGAGUUCCUCUAGCCGUGUGACUGCACUUGGUGGUUUGCGGUUAGAGUCGGACUUCUCUGGUAUUAUUAGCGUCAUCACGAAGGACAACUACACCCUUCGCGAACCGUUUGCCCGAUUGCAAGAGAUUCUUGCAGUUGCAAACACGGAAGAUGAUGAAUGGGAUGAGGUUGAAUCAGGGAAUGACUCGUCCAGGCAAGAAAGUAGCAGGUUACUCAGUGACGAGGACGUGGCCAAGGCGCGCAAGAUCGUGAGAAGAUAA